UCCAAUCACAGCUGAUCGCAUGUAAAUAGAAAAUGCCGGUUAUCAGCCAUCAGGGGCAUUGAUCACCAGGGCCCUGAUUAUCAGUGUAACCCCAUCAGUGCCACCUGUCAGUGCCCAUCAAUGCCACGUAUCAGUGCCCAGAGUUGCCUUUCAGUGCCAACUAUCACUGCCUGUCAGUGCCGCCUAUCAGUGCCACAUGUGAGUGCUGCCUUUCAGUGCCCAUCAGUGAUGCCUGUCAAUACCCACCAGUGCCUCCUCAUCAAUGCCCAUCAGUGCAGCCUAUCAGUGCCCAUCACUGCAGCCUCAUUAGCGCAAAUCAGUGUAGGAGAAAAAUUACUUAUUUACAAAAUUUUAUAA